AUGCAAAGAAGGGUGCAUAAUGAUAAUAAUGAAACCUAUUUAGAAGAUAAUAAAAUAAACACUAGUAGUUCAUAUAAUGAUUUAUUUUACGAAAACAAAGGGAUAAAUUUGGACGGGGUAAAACUAGCUAGUGUUUCAACAGAUAUAGACUCUUUCAGAUGUUCCGGAAAAUCUCUUCAAAAUUUCUUAAGUCCAUUUAGUGGUAUUAACUAUGAUUUGAAUUACCCCCAUACAGGAUAUGGAGAAGACAAUGAGAUAAUGGUGAGUAGUGUAUCCCAGCUAGGAGAUAUAAAUGGAGGAAAUACUCCCAUCAAUGAUCAUUUUGCUUUGCAUAAUUCGAAAGGAUGGAAUGAUUAUAUAACUUUUGGUAGCAGUGCCCUCAGUGAUAAUAAUAUCUACUCUGCCAUUAGAGAAAAAGACAAUCACACGAGGGCAAGCAUAAACGACCAAAACUGCAAUAACGAUAACAGAGGAAAUAGAACUACCACCUGUGUGGAUAGCGGAAAGCAGGGCUAUGUAUUAGAGGGAAAGCAUCGAAUGAGCCCCCUGCUCCCUAGUGAAAAUAAGAAUGACAUCAAGUGUGAUAGGUCAACCUUUAAUGAAUACAAAAACGAAACUCAUUUCGAUGCGGAAAAACUAGAAAAGAUAAGUACAGAGAUGUAUGAAGCCAAGUACUGUAACGUGGAUAAUAAUGUUAUUAGUAAACACAAUAUAAUGAGUGAACAGGAAGAUCUUUUAUUUAAGAGUAACUCAAAGAAAAAUUUUGGAAAAGUGUUAAAAGCGACUAAUUCGGGGGGAUCUAAUACAAGAAAAUUGAAUAGCCGUUACAUAACUAAGUUGAACACUUUUGAAGAGGGGAAAAAAAAAAUUAAUAUUAAUGAAGAUAUCUUAUUAAAUGAGAUGAGCAUGUCAACUCGUAUAAAUACUGUAUAUAAACCUGAAUAUUCGUAUGAUACCUUUUAUGAACCCCUGGGCAUUUUUGAAGGCAAUUAUAGUCUUGAAAAAAAUCUAUAUGAAAAGGGGGGGAGAGGACAGGAAAGAUUAGAUGGCGUUUGGGGAGAAGCAUUUGUAAACGUGGUGGAAAACGAAACAUUGAACGAAAAUUUGGAUGAACCUUUGGACGAACCUUUGAACGAAAAGUUGGAUGAACCUUUGGAUGAACCUUUGGACGAACCUUUGGACGAACCUUUGGACGAACCUUUGGACGAACCUUUGAAUGAUGUGCUGGAUGACAACUACUUUUUCGAUUUAAAAAAGAAUAAAGUAUUAUAUGUGGAAAAGGAAGAUAGAAAGGAUCUGUUUACCCUUUGUUUGGAACCAAACCAAACACAUACUCAUUCCGCAAUGACGGUUGAGGCAUAUAGUAGUGGUGACCCUUUACUGCCAUAUGACCCAAAUGAACCUUCAAGAGAUAAUAUUUUUACAAAUAAUAAUAUAUAUGAGAAGAAAGAUAAUGAGAGCAUAAGAGAUGAAGGAAUGAAAAUAUUAGGGAACAGCUUAUUGACAUCAAAAAGAGAGACAUUAUAUGACUAUACAACCCAUCCUUCCUUGUGUAUUAGAAACACUUAUUCAAAGACUCUAGCAUGGGAAGACGGCACAUAUAGCCCUGAUGAAAAUUGUAAUAAAAAGAAAUAUAAUUACAUACAAAAUGAAAUAUUAGGAAAUUUCCUUAUUAACCAAAGUGGAGAUGUAAAUAAUACUGAUGAAAAUUUUGACAACACGAAAAAAUUUACAUUUAACAAAAUGGCUAGUAGCAUGAACGAUCCAAAGUUGUUGAGUCUUGAAAAAGGUUCAGAUUAUUCCUCUAUGGCACUUAAUGAUAAUAUUAAUUAUAUAAAUUUACUAAAAUAUUUUACCAAUUUAGACAUUCUAAAUAGUGCCACUUUGACACUUCAAAGCAAUUUAAAUGAAAACACAGUUUUGGAAAAAAAUGAUGAGCAAGAUUUUAAGGGAUGCUCCUCAGGUAACGAAUUAGCGGGGAUGACCAACGAUAUAGUGAAUAUGGGCAGUAACUCUGUAUACCUAAACAGUACCAGAGGCCUAGAUAGAGGCAAUCCUACAUGUCUAAACAGCGCUCAAAAUGUUAGCGGCAAAAAUAAGGAGAGCGAAAAACAUCAAAUAUAUCAAAUGAAUCAAAUUCUAAACUCACAUAAUUUAAUACGCCCCUUGAACAAUAGGAAUGAAAGCUUUAUAAACACUCUUGCAGGUGACACACUAAAAUUUAGAAGUGGGGUUCAUCCGGAAGAAUAUGAAAACGAAUAUUACAAUACCCCUUUUUCAGAAGAAGGGAGGAAUGAAAGGAAUACGGUCCAUAAUACUACUGAUUGUAAUGGCUUUAAAUGCAAUGGUGUUAGUUAUGAUUGUGCUAAUUAUGAUGUUGACUAUGAUGCUGACUAUGAUGUUGACUAUGAUGUUAACUAUGAUGUUAACUAUGAUGUUAACUAUGAUGUUAACUAUGAUGUUGAAUGUGUAGAUAUUGAUUAUGGUGACAAUUAUAAUGAUUGUAAUUAUGAUGAUGAUUAUGACGGCGAUGGAUUUGGAGAUGGAGUUGCAUUUGGCAAUUCUAUGUUGAGCUACUUUGACUGCUCAUCCGCAAACAGUAACAGAAACCACCCUAAUAUAAAUUCUUGUUUAGACAGUGCGAAUAAAAACUUGUCCACUAGUGCUAAAUUUACCUUAAUUGUUAAUGUCCCUCCAAAUACUACUCGUAAAGAUUUAAUGGCUGUUUUUAGCAAAUAUGGACAUGUAGAUUUAACUAUGGUUGUAUGUGAUAAAAAAUCUAGACAUCCUAAUAAGGAAUGGACAGCAACUUCUGGAUAUGCUUUUGUUCGUUUUUCAACUAAUAUAGAAGCACAGAGAACAUUAAAUGCAACUAGCUCUGGUAUCGUUCGUAUUAGAGGUAGUAGAGUUAGAGCCACAUGGGCAAAAAAAGAUUCUUAUUCAAAAAAAGAAAAAGAUGUACCCUUUAAAAUUCCUUCCUCUAUUCUCCUUAUAAAUGUAGAAGAAUUUAUUUGUAUCAUUUGUAAAAUAAAUUUAGCUUAUGAACCAUUAUUAUUUCCUUGUUGUUAUGCUUCCAGCUGUUCUGACUGCUUAAGGAAUUAUAUUAUGAACCAUGAAUUAGAUCAAGAGAGGGUAAAAUGUCCUAACUGCUUUUUACAUUUUUCUCAUGGAAUUAUAAAAAUCGACAAAAAUUCGAAAGGAGCUAUGGCCUUGCUAUAUAAAAUUCAUUCUAAUAUUAAAGUUAGGUGUCAAAAAGAAUCUUGUAAAUGGAUUGGUUCACAGCACCACUACUUCCGUCAUUCCUUGUCGUGCAAGUUUAGUAUCACGUGA